GCUCCUCUGACUGCAAAUAAACCUGACCUGAUAAAUGACAUAACUUUCUCGACUGACACGGAAUAAAUGUUGUCUUUUCUGAGAGAGAAAAAAAAAGAGAUAAAGAUUAUGAGGAUCAUUUCUGUGCCCUUCCACCAAUGCCAGAAGCUCUCCAUGUGAUGCCUCACUUUUGCGCAACAGGUUCUGCGAGAUACAUUUAACAAAUUAUCAACUCCGAUCCAUGUAGGAAGAAGAAGCAUGCUCUCCCCGUUUUGGCACUUUGGCAUCGAGCAGGAGAUCAACUCAUGGGAUGUAGUGGAUGCAGAGUCAGGUUCAACUUUGGCAAGGUGCUGUCCAAAGUCCCAGUGUUUUUUACCAUGGUCCUGAUCUUCACCUACUUCUUCUACUGCCUCACCGGAUUCUGCGAUUCGGCUCCGAGAACUUUAUACAGCCAGCGACCAUUAGACUAUGACAUUUUGGACGAUCGUCGUCGCAUUUUGGACGACCUGCGACCAUCGCCGCGUUUCCUCCCGGACGCGCCGUCUCAACGGAACAGCACAGCCUCCGCGGACGCAGAGCAGGUGGACGCGGCGGAGCAGCUGGACAGCGCAAAGGAGGGCGCCCAGAGCAACGGCAUCCCCGUGUCCAACACUUUCGGCUCCAAAAGGUUUCCGCAGGCGAUUAUAAUUGGCGUGAAGAAAGGAGGAACCCGCGCUCUGCUGGAGUUUCUGCGCAUCCACCCGGACGUGAGAGCGGUCGGCGCGGAGCCUCACUUCUUCGACAGGUUUUAUGAUAAAGGACUGGAGUGGUACAGAAACCUGAUGCCUCGGACGCUGGAUGGCCAGAUCACCAUGGAGAAGACCCCCAGCUACUUUGUCACAAAGGAAGCUCCUGGCCGUGUCUGCACAAUGAACUGCCAAGCCAAGCUCAUUGUGGUGGUCAGGGAUCCUGUGACGCGGGCUGUAUCUGACUACACCCAGACCCUGUCCAAGAACCCAGGCCUUCCAUCCUUCCAGAGCCUGGCAUUGAAAAACGCCUCCACAGGUCUGAUCGACACCACGUGGAGUGCGGUGCGCAUCGGCCUCUACGCCAAACAUCUGGAGAACUGGCUUCAGCACUUCCCCUUGUCUCAUUUUCUGUUUGUUAGUGGUGAGCGGCUGGUGUCUGAUCCGGCUGGGGAGAUGGGUCGGGUUCAGGACUUUCUGGGUCUAAAAAGGGUUGUUUCAGACAAACACUUCUACUUCAACCAGACCAAAGGUUUUCCCUGCCUGAAGAAGCCUGAGGGAAGCAGCAGACCACGCUGCCUUGGAAAGUCCAAGGGCAGACCCCAUCCCCAGAUCCCCACAGAGGUGCUGCAGAGGCUCAGAGACUUCUACAGGCCCUUCAACCACCGUUUCUACCAGAUGAGUGGACAAGACUUCGGCUGGGACUAACAGAGGAGAUUCCUGUCACAGCCCAGAUAAAAGCCAGUCUCUUACUUUAUGAAGUGACUGACAGUUUAAUGCUCCACAGGGCUGAUGUUCUCAGGGACGGGGUAGAGAAACUCUCCACAAACUGAAUUCUGCCUCAGUGGAAUAAACAUGAC